UAAGCAGUCACCACUCACCAGUUAUCACUUGUCACCUUUUACAAUCAAAACCCUAAUAAACCCCAUAACGAACUAAAAAAACAGUAAACUGAGUUACUGAAGGAACUCGCUAACCAUGACCGAGUCAGCUACUGAACUCGCUGACGUUAGCAAUAACGGAACUUACCAAACGCCGGAACAGCUAGUCGCCAAAUCAAUAGCUCCGGUGAAAAAAGAAUUCCUCCGUCCUCGUCCCUCUGCUAGAACCGACCAAAACGAUACCGUUUCCGAUACUAAAAGCGCCGUCGCCAAAGAGAAGAAAUCCAAACGACAACUCAAACGCGAACGCCUACAGGAGAAGAAAUCAGGACUCCAUCUCUGUCCUCAAGUAGCUAAAACUGAAGACGUUAGUUCGUGUCGUUAUGGUGAUAAGUGUCGUCUUAGCCAUGACCUAGAAGCUUAUAAUGCUCAGAAACCUGAUGAUUUGGAAGGACAAUGUCCGUUUAAGAAUGGCGAAGGAGAGUGGUGUCCUUAUGGAUUGGCUUGUAGAUUUUACGGUACGCAUGAUGUUAAGGGAGGUAAUACUACUGAUACUGUGAAUAACUCGCGAGAUAGAAAUUCGGAGAUGAAUGUAUUUAAUAAGGAUGUGCAGAAGCUUUUGUGGAAGAAUAAAAUGAAGUUUCCUAAAGCUGAUGCUGUACUUAAGUCUCUUGGCCUCCUGGGACCUAACAGUUUCAAAAAGAAGGGUGACGAUGAGGAUGUUGAUAAGGCUUGUGAGAAUGAUUCUCAUGCUACUAAUGAGAAUGGUUGUGAUGGUGAAGUUGCCACUGAUUCUCACGCUACUAAUGGGAAUGGUUGCGAUGGUGAAGUGGUCAUUGAUGCGGCUAAUAAAUUGGAUUGCACUUCAGAAAUGUCAACCGAGGAUAAUACAGAUGGGACAACGACUGAUGAAAACAGACCCGUGAAAAAAGCGAAGUCAUAUGUUGAAGAGAAGUGUUGCUCUGGAGAAGAUGCUAAUGGUACAAGUAUUCCUGAUAAAGACCUGGAAGCUGGUUGUCCAGAAACUGAAUCAAAAGCUAUAGCUGAUGAUACGCUGACAGAAAGAGACGAAUGUUUAAAAACACAUCCACGAGAAAAAAAGCUUAUUGACUUCAGAGGAAAGCUGUAUCUUGCACCCUUGACCACUGUUGGAAAUCUUCCCUUCCGAAGGGUUUGCAAAGUAUUAGGAGCCGAUAUAACUUGUGGUGAAAUGGCAAUGUGCACAAAUCUUUUGCAGGGUCAAGCUUCAGAAUGGGCACUGCUAAGGCGCCAUUCGUCCGAAGAUCUGUUUGGUGUUCAAAUAUGUGGGGCAUAUAGUGAUACUGUGGCACGCACAGUUGAGCUUAUAGAUCAGGAAUGCACAGUUGACUUCAUUGACAUAAAUAUGGGUUGUCCAAUUGAUAUUGUUGUCACCAAGGGUGCUGGGUCAGCUCUUCUUAACAAACCAAUGCGGAUGAAAAGUAUUGUAAAUUCUUCCAGUAGUAUAGUGGAUACGCCUAUUACUGUCAAGGUACGAACAGGAUUCCUUGAAGGGAGAAAUCGUAUUCAUUCCUUAAUUGCUGAUAUUGGCAGCUGGGGAGCCAAUGCUGUCACAAUUCAUGGUAGAUCACGUCAGCAACGUUAUAGUAAGCUUGCUGAUUGGGACUACAUUAACCAGUGUGCCAGACAGGCCCCAGAAUCUUUUCAAGUACUAGGAAAUGGCGAUAUCUUUUCAUAUACAGACUGGAAUAAGCAAAAGUCUGACUGCCCUGAGCUUUCUACAUGCAUGAUAGCUAGAGGAGCAUUAAUCAAGCCUUGGAUAUUUACUGAAAUCAAGGAACAGAGACAUUGGGACAUCAGGUCUGGAGAACGAUUGGAUAUUUUGAAAGAAUAUGUUCAGUUUGGCUUUGAACAUUGGGGUUCUGAUACAAAAGGAGUGGAGGCAAUUAGGCAUUUCUUGUUGGAAUGGCUUAGCUACACAUGUAGGUACAUACCUGUUGGUCUUUUGGACGUCAUUCCACAAAAGAUUAACUGGCGUUCACCAUCCUACUAUGGUCGUGACGACCUUGAAACACUUAUGGCUUCUGAUUCUGCUGCUGACUGGAUUCGAAUAUCUGAAAUGUUGCUUGGUAAAGUUCCAGACGGCUUUACGUUCUCACCAAAGCACAAGUCCAACGCGUAUGACCGAGCAGAAAAUGGCUAAUUGGAGCUACUUGCAUAUUGUCAUGAAAUAGCUCUGCAAUACUGUUUCUCCAGGCCUUUUGGUGCACUUAGUCCCAAGAUUUUAAUGAAGUGGGAAUGAGAACGAGGGCAUUACCCAUUUUUUGGGGGGUUCAUGAUGAGCACAAUGAUGGUUAUAAUGCCACAUUAGCGGAAUCUACAACCAAUUUGGCUACCUGCAUGGAUUAAGUUUUGUAUUUAUUUCUUUAUCAUGCCAAAACACUGUAUUUUAAAUAAUUUAAGAAUUAUAAUAAUACUGAAUGCGGAAACUCAAAUUUGGGUUUUUCAGUGAUAAAAUAUAACGAGUUGAUGAUUUUA